UGUGACACCGUCGAUAAAUAUAUAUCUAUUUGUUCUACUGAACUUUUUAACCGCAAAGAAUUUUCAUGUCAGAAAUGGAACACCACACAUGUAAUUUAAGAUAAGACUUUAUUGUCAUUGUCACUUUGAAAGUUACAACGAAAUUAAAAGGCUAAAUAACAGUUAUCCCACCAAGAACUACAUCCCAAGUAACAUCCUCCAUGUGCUUCAGUGUCCUUCUCAAGGACACUUUACACAGGGGAUUGAACCCUGAGAACAUCCAGGUCGACGUGUCCGUGUGGGAGUUGAUGGGAGUUCGUAUGGAGGGUUUUAUCCCUGCGGUCACACUGCCACUGCUACUAACUGUGGUUUUUUAUCUUGGCCCAUUGGUUCAUUCUGCGAUGGACAACCCUGGUGGUUUCACUGUGGAACUGCAUUCUGCAUUGGACGUUCAGUCAUGGAGGUCAUGUGCAGGAGACGCAGUGUGGCUCAGGAACCAGGUGGUGGCACCAGUGACGGAGGAGCUGGUGUUCCGAGGGGCCAUGUUGCCCAUGCUGGUGCCCUGCGCAGGACCCACUGGGGCCAUCUUUAUGGCACCACUGUUCUUCGGUGUUGCUCAUUUCCACCAUAUCAUAGAGCAACGGCGCCUCCACAAAGAUAGUAUGAGUGUCAUCCUCCUGGUGGCAGGAAUGCAGUUCUUGUACACCACUGUGUUCGGUGCCUUCUCUGCCUUUAUAUUCAUGAGAACUGGUCAUGUAGUGGGCCCAGUUGUGUGCCAUUCUUUCUGUAACAGUCAGGGCCUGCCUGACAUCAGCUCUGCCCUCCAACACCCUCAGCGCUCAGCUCUGCUCUUCUCUUAUCUCAUGGGAGUCCUGCUGUUUGUGGUGCUGCUCUUCCCACUGACAGACCCCUUCUUCUACGGCACCAUUCCCGUCUGCCGCCUGGCUCCUGCCCCUGCGUCUGUGUGUUAGAUUUAAUACACUUUGUUA